AUGACCACAUUACCCCCAGGCCGGCGUUCGCACCGGAAAUCGCGAUCUGGGUGCCUACAAUGCAAAAAGCGAAAAGUCAAGUGUGACGAAAACCAGCCACAUUGCCGAAAUUGUGAGAAGCACGGGGUGGUUUGUUCCUUUACCAGUGCCUCAACUGUGCUUUCCACACCGGCGAACUCAGCAGAGUCACCCGUGUCACUAUCUGGCCCAGAAAGCACUACAUCUGGAAAAAGUCGUGCCCUAGCACAAGUCUCCCAAGUCUUGCCAAGCCUGUCCUCAUUAGGACCAUUCCCUUCCACAUUGGCUGUUUUUGACCUGGAACUGUUGCAUCACUGGACAACGUCAACCUGUUACACACUAUCGCGCAGUCCCACUGUGCAGACUGUCUGGUGCAAUGAAGCACCUCGAAUCGGCUUUGCAACGCCGCCAGUAUUGCACACCUUGCUAGCAUUUUCUGCGCUCCAUCUAGCUCGCUCCGACGAAUCUCGACGUGCAGCCUGCCUCGCUCACGCACAGAUGCACCACAGCACCGCCGUGAGAGAGAUGAUCCCGCUCGUCUCACCGCUCGCACGAGAAAACGGCUCGGCACUUUUCAUUUUCUCCUCUUUAACGUGCAUGUUCUCCUGCGCCAAGCCAUCGGAAGAAGGCGAUUUCCUGGUCCUGUUUGAGCGCGGCAAUCUAUCAGAGUGGGCCCGUCUUUUCCGAGGGACAACGACUGUUAUCCAUACCGGCGGCGAGGAUCUUCGUACCGGGAGGCUGGCACCGAUCUUCACGAAUGGAGCUUAUUUAGCUGCUGCCCAUCGCUCGCCACAGGCCCUUGAGCAAGGCAAGCCGCAUGUGUGGGAGUUGCAGCAAAUGAUAUGGAGGGAGUGCGCGGCUGACCCAUCACUCCGGUCGAUCUACCAAGAGGCUUUAGAUGAACUUGCCCGAACAUUGGGCCUAGCUAUAAGACCUGGCAUCAUGCGGAGGCUCGAGACCGCGGAUAUCUUCCGAUGGCUGCUCGAUGUCUCGGAUGAAUAUUUAAAUCUUCUGCGCCAGGAAGCACCGAUUGCACUCAUUAUCUUUGCUCAUUGGUGCGCAUUUAUUCGUCAGAUCGAGUGGAUGUGGUGGAUGGAAGGUCUAAGCUCGCGCCUUAUGACCCAAUUAUACUCUGUAUUGGAUCCGAAAUAUCGAGAUUGGCUUUCAUGGCCACAACAGAUUAUUAAUAGGAGUCAUGAACAGACAGGUUGA